AUCGCUUAAUUUUAGUCGAGUUUCGUACGGUGCCGGAUUAGGAUCGCAUUUAACCGCGUGCGCACGAUUGGCCGUCGUCGUCGGUACGGGGAACCCCAGGGGGCCACUGUGUCUGCCAUCUCACUCACUCUAGCACACCAAACGGGGAAAACCACGCGCCAAACAGAGAUAAAACGGAAAGGAAGGAGCACCGCCACUGUGAAAAUUGGUGAAAAGUGUGAUCUGCCUGUGCACUGCGAAAUCGAAGAAAUUUUCCUUCGGGGAACAAUUACGAUCAAUUUUUUGAGUUCUUGGGGUCAUCCUCGCCAUUAAUACGAGUGAAAUUAAUCGAAAAAGUUAAUGAAUGUAUGUAUUCAGCACGAGUGGAUGGAUCUGCCCUUAGAUUGAAAGUUGAAGUGAAAAUCGAAAUCGAAGUAGUGUCUUAAGUGUCCGGAAAACGUAAAAAAAGGUCUAGAAAAAUUCCCACAAGGCGAUAUAUAAUUUCAGCAUUGGCAACCGGAGCAGCAAAAAUAGCCGAAGCUGACAAGAGAAAGAGUACCCUAGAGUGUGAUUCACGGUGCGAAAAUUUUCGUCGUUGCCCACAAAGCAAUGCGAGGUGAGACAUCACUAUUUGCCAUAAUUGAGCAAAAAAUGGGAUCAUAAUCCGUGCCAUGCCGAUAGAUACCACCAGGAAGAAAACGUUCAAUCUCAGAGUUUUGAAUAUAAUCUUCCGUGACGAGUGACGAGGUAUUUCACGGUCAGAAAACGUGUAGUGCAGCAACACAAGUGCCCAACUGUGCGAGAUAUAGGUAUGAUGUAGCCGAGAGCAAACCAAUCGAAGAAUUCGUGAAGAUCAAAGUGUUCUGCACUAUAGAGAAAACGGUCGUAAAAAUCGCUAGAAGCUGCUGUAUUGUUGAUGGCGUGAAAGUGAAAUGAAGAGGAAGAAUCGAUGCUGUAGCCAGCCAGCUAGUGCGCGUGAACAACAUAUUUAGUGAGUGGUGAUCGUUUGGGAAGUUAUGAAUUAUGUGCCACAUGGCAUGUACGCGUACAUGUGGAAAAUGUAACCAGAAGUGUACCGGAAACGAAUAAACAAAACCUGAGCUGUGAAUAAUUGUAUGAUUGGGGAAGACAACGGAAAAUAGCAGUCUGAGAAUGAAUUAUUGAGAGGAGUAUUUGCAACGAUAGCAGUUAUUUUAAUUAAUAUUCGAGAUAAACAAAACCUUCAAACAUGUCGCACCUGUUUCCCAGUGCAAAGGGUGACCAGCUGUGCCCGCUUGGAUUCCAUCCGCAGGUGCGCUGGCCAACCCGUUGUAAGCGGUGCUUUCGUGACUACAAAGAGCACGGCAACAAACGAAAUGGCGAAGACAUCACAGCUUCCACUCCAGUCCUAGUCGGCUCGUCCCAAUCGCGAAGUCGUGAUGGUGGUAGUAGCACAAGCCUGGACAAACCCGUGCGGAGUUGGACAUCCACGCAGAAUUUGUUUGUGUCCAACAGUAGCAACCAGGGAAGCAGCAGCAGUGAUAGACCACCGGGACUUCCGCAGCGACCCGCAUCCUGGGCCUCGACGCCCGAUCUAGAUAACAUUCUACAACAAGUGAAGGCAGAUUUCACAGUUAACCUAACGCUUCCACGGAGGAGGCAUACUACCACAUUCGAGAACUUGGAAGAACCAGAGAUGACGGUAACGCUGAAAAGACCUCCGUUGCCACCGAUAUUGAAAGUUGAACCAAAGGAUACCAAGAAAGAGCUGGAAAAGGCAGAGGACCAGGGAGUCGUUAUAGAGAAGGGCGAUUCCCUGGCCGAAAGAGUACGUAAGAUGAAUCUUAUAAAGCGACAGGGCAGUGCCGAACGAGACAGCCGGGAACGAUCAGUGCCUAUAAAAGAGGAAGAGGAGCCAAAAUCCGUUUUGAAGCCGCUCAAAGCCGUCGAACCGGAGAAGGUAGAACGUAAGCGUCGUGUUAGACCCAUUCCAGAAGCCAAAGUCGAGGAGCCAAUCAGUAAACCGCAGUUAACGCUAAGCAAAACGACCAUUACGUCCACUAAACCACUCGGAAGCACUACGCUAGCACCUCUAAAAGAAAAAGAAACUAAGAAACCUACCACUAAUACCGAACCGGCAAAAGAUUCCACGAAGGUUAUUCGCCGUCGACGAGUUGAUACUGGUCCUUUUGAAGCUUCUCUAAAGCCAACAAUCACUCCAGCACCGAAACCACUAAUACCACUCACUCCAAAAGCUGAUCCUGUAGUGAACAAUAGUAGCGAUGAUGUCAAGUUCCUAAUAUCCAUCAAAGAUAAUAAAUCGAAGAGAGACGAAGACCUUCAUUCGAUUACAACGGAGACUACGGAAACCACAAUAGUGGACCAUACUGACAACAGCGAGCUGCAAGAAGAAAUCGAAAGUUUAAAACGUGAACUGGAAACUGUGAAAGCCAGAUGUGAUCGAGCUGAACGCGAAAAGAGUGACAUACUGUUACGUAGACUGGCAUCUAUGGACACGGGCUCCAACAAAACGGCAGCGUCGGAAGCUCUCAAACUGCAGCAGAAAGUCAACGAACAGAAACAGAUGCUUGAAGAUCUACAAGAUGAGAAGAAAUUUCUGACCACCAAGGUGAAAGAACUGGAAUCCGAUAUCAAAAUCCGUGGAGCGAAAAACGUGGAAGAGCAACUCAGACAGAAACUCGAGCAAGCGGAAACUCUGUGCGAAGAACUAAUGGAUGAAAACGAAGAGAUCAAGCGUGAACUUCGCAAUAUGGAAUCGGAAAUCGAGGAAAUGCACGAUAACUUCCGCGAAGAACAAGCAGACGAAUAUGCUUCAUUGAAGAAGGAACUUGAUCAGACUACGAAAAAUUGUCGCAUCUUGUCGUUCAAACUGAAGAAAUCGGACCGAAAAAUCGAACAGCUGGAAACUGAAAAGGCUGCACUUGGGACCAAUACGGAUCUGGCUACGAAGGUCAAACAACUGGAGGAUGAGCUGAAGGUAGCGAACGAAGUGGCACGCCGCCUACAAGGAGAACUGGAACAAAUGGGAUCGAAUCCCACUACGCCAACGAAGAAGACCCCCAGCUUGGGCAAGAUCGGAAAGUCAACUUCAGCGGAUAACAAGAUUUCACGGGCUUCGUUGACCCGCGGAGGAUCGCAAGAAGAUCCGGUGCAGUUGCUUCGCGAUCUGCAAGACUCUCUGGAACGGGAGGCCGAUCUUCGCGAGCAGUUGAAGUAUGCUGAAGAAGAGGCCGAAAAUCUUAGGCGCAAAUCGGGGCGUAUCGAGGAUGACAACGAAUCGCUAAUGAUGCAGCUGAAGAAGAUGGCUACGAAGGCGAGAACGAAAGGUAUCUUCAAUACAGGUCGAAAGCUUAGUCCCAGUCCGCCAAACCGUCGUCUAACUCCGGAAGGUCCUAUGGACAAAGACGAGGGCAUUUCCGAUGAAGAUGAUCCCGCAGAGCUGAGACUUCAGCUGGAGCUGAACGAGCAGGAAACGGCGGUUUUGCGGCGAAAGAUGGAAGAACUAGAAAUCGAGAAUAAGCGCAGCCGCGAACACGUGAAGGAACUGCAGGAAAGUUUGAUAUCCAAGACGAAGGAAAUGGACAAACAGAACAAGCUACCGUCGCUGCUGGGGUCGAAGAGUAGCGGAACGAAGGAUCCUCUGGACGAGAAGAAAAUCAAGGUAAUGGAGGAGCAAAUCAACGAACUGCGGAUGAAGUUGAUCGAGAAGGAUCGGGAGGUGGAACGCGUGCAGGCCGAGUUGAGCAUCAGCAAAACGAAGGGCGGCAAAUCGUUGGUGAAGUCGAAAUCUCUGGAUGCAGAUCAGCAGGUUUUAGAUCUGAAACGUCAGCUACAGGUCAUCGAGCAAGAGGCAAAUGUACUUCGUCAGAAAACACAAGCACUGGAGCAGGAAAACGAGAAGUACACCGCUGAGAUCAAGCAACUUCAGCAGGCCGAAACGAAGGGUAAUGAUGCGGAUACGAAGAAACUGAAUAGUACUAUCCAGGAGCUGCAGAAAGAGAAGAGUGAUCUGGAGAGCAGGUUGAAACGCAUAACGGCAGAAUCUUCGGCAAAUUUACCGUCCAGAUCAGCAAAGGUGCCGAAUGAUAUGCACACCAAGCUGCAAUUGAAGAGAAUGGUCGACGAAUGUGAGAAUGAAAUCAACGAGCUGCGUGCCAUCGUGGGACGAUCCGGCGCCAUGAAUCUGACCACUUUGGAGAACGAGAAGAAGAAACUACAAGCUGACCUGGCCGAGUCCAAGGAACAAAGAGCGAAACUGGAAGCAGAAAUAAGAAAGCUGGCCGCUCCCAAGGUUUCUUCAGAGCUUCAGGCGAUCAAACUGAACGAGGCCCAACGCACGGUUCAGAAGUUGGAGGAUGAAAACAAAAAGCAAAACGAUAAAAUAAAAGUCCUAGAAGAGAAGAUUACCAAAAUUACUACCACCAUGAAAUCAACGGAAUCCAACAAAUCUCAACUGGAGACACAGUUGAAGACUGAGAAGGAUAAGUUAGAUGCAGCUGAGAGGGAUUUGGAAGGUUUAAGGAAAGAAAAAUCCAAGAUCGAAGGGAAAAUUUUGGGCUUGGAAAAGGAAUUGAUGGAGGAAAGACGCAAGGCCGAUGAAACCAAGGAAGAUUUGGAACGAGAAAUUACCAGUUUGAAGAGAAAGUCUACGUCAAACGAUCCAUCCGCUUUAAGAAUCCAGGAGUUGAGUCAGAGGAACGACGAUUUGAUGUCGAAACUGGAAGAUGAAACCAAAAAGUACCAGCAACUGAUAUCCAAACAUGAGUUGCUAGAGGAGGAUCACGUCAUGCUGAAGGCGCAGAUGGAAUCCGAAAAACAGAAGCUUCUGGAACUUGACGUACUAAGAAACAAACUGUCACAAGCGGACACUAUCGAAGCUCGGCUGGUGAAGGAAAAUACAAACCUCAGCCGGAAGUGUGUCGAAAUGCAGAAGAACAUUGCUGCGCUGGAAAGUGCCGCCGACAGUCGAAUGGCUGGUUUGGAGUUAGAGAAGAACCGACUGAAGAGUUCACUGGAGGACAAGCAGCGCGAGUAUGAACAUUUGUGCCAGGAGAAUGAAAUGAACGCCUAUCAGGUGGCACAGUUGAGAAAAGACAAUGAUGAUCUGAGGGGGAAAUUAGAUGAUUACGAGAGAAUCAACAAAGCACAGCGCACUUUAAGCGAGCACAACUCCCAUCUCGAGCAAGACCUUAAAAAGCUUCACGUGCAACUUGAGACAGCCGAAAUGAACGUAAAGUCCGAAGUAGCAGCCACGCGCCUACGCUACGAACAGCAAGUAACAAAUCUACACAACGAGUUGACCGGACUACAAAGACAAUGCGAACGAUUCAAGCGGGACCGGGACACGUUCAAGCAGUUGGUAGAAGCCGCCCAGAAACAAAUCGGUGACAUGAAAGCUAACCGACGCAGCUUAGCCUCGGUGACGAGCAGUAGCGGCGACGACGAUGACAAAUCCAAGAUUAUCGCACUGGAACAGCAGAUCGGCUGCCUAGAGGAUGAGCUCAGUGAGGCACGACUGGAGGCCAGCAAGGUGCGAACGGAGUUGAUAUCCGAGCUGAGUGCGUCCGAGAUCAAGAUUUCCGAAAUGCAGUCCAAGAUCAACGAACUUGAGGAGGAGAAGAUCAUCAGCGGAGGUAAAAGCAAGGUACCGGGCACAAAGACAAGACUGGAGCUUUCCUGGCAGAAGGAACGUGAGGAUUUGCAGCGAUUGGUACAGGAGACUUCCACACUGGCUAGGGAUCUCCGGCAGACACUGUUCGAAGUGGAGAGAGAAAGGGAUAAGGAGAAGCUAGAGUCUAAGCGUAAGAUAGACCAGAUCAAAAAGACAACCGAAGAGGAAAUUGAAGAGGGCAGAAGGAAGGUAACCGAGCUGCAGAGUGAUUUGCUAGAACUACGGGACGCUCAUGCGAAGCUCAGAACGGCCAAUGAAAAGCUGAGACGCGAUCGUGAACGUUCCGAGCGAGAACGCGAGGGCGCUACACGGCGAAGGCUUGAAAUGGAAGGCGAUCGUAGAAUGGGAGCUCUGUUGCAAACGGUUGAUGAAUUGCUAAAACUUGCGCCAGAGCUUCAGAGAGCAUCUAGCCGACAAGAGCCUACCACUACUACUACAAGCACGGGAAAGACCAUCAGUGCAAAUGCACCCAUUCCAACACCUCCGAUGCGUCACAAGAGUCCUUCGCCGGGUCCAGGUGGAACAACUCCACAGUCGCCGACAGUGAUAGCAGUAUUAACGAGACUAGCCGAGGCGUCCGACGACUUGAGACGGUACCAACGUAUGUGUGAUGAGGAAAAAGACAGGGAACGUAUGCGACGUGGUGGAAUGCGAAGGGCCGCUUCCCAGGAGAACGAUUCCAUAGAAGGCCACACGGGCAGGCCGGUGAUGAGAAUCAACCGCAACGGAGGAAGCUUGUACAAGAAGAGCUUAUCGUUGGAUCAAUCGCUGCAGAUUGAACAGCAAGGGCAACUCAUCUGGAAGGAAGGCGAUGACAGUAUGUCUUCGCUGCAAUCGUUGGACUCCGAAUACGGGGCAAGAUUCCAGAGGGAUUCAAGUUUGGAUUCACGCCUAUCCGGUGGAUCGACUCAAAGCGAUAUGCCGCGAAUGAGGAAGAAGAAACGAGGCAUAAUGGGCAAGUUGAGAAGUUUGAGUCUCACCAGAGGCAGCAAGGGAAGCGAAAGUGAUUUUUCGAUGCAAGGAUCCGAUUCGGACCUCAGCAUGGCGGGUGAUAUUCGUUCCAGUAAGAGUAACCUAAAGGGCAAGCUGUCCGGAAUGUUCCGAAGAGCGGGAUCGUCAUCCCGAGCGAACAGCAGCGAGGCGCUCGAUCGGGAACUUCAGCGACCGGUUGCGAUCCAAACUUUGGGCAACGGCCCAACCCCCACAGCGCUGGCAGGAGCAGCAGGUCAGGGACCUCCCCCUCGGCCGGUGUCCGCUAGUACACCGCAUUUGGCUAGACAGGCCGGAAAACCUCCCACCCCAUCGAUGGCUGCCACGCAACGGAGAAGGGUAGUCGCCUCGUCCCAACUUGGCCCCUCGAGUUCUGGGACACUUCCGAAGUAAACAUUUGCAACAAAAGGCAGUUAAUACAUGAUCCAACCGGCGGCGGAGAAUAUCAGAUUAGCAAAAUAAUACCUUCAUAGUUUUACGUAAAAUCUGAUGCCCCAAUUUUGAAAAAGAAAAUCUUUGACACGAGAUGCACCAAUAUUAUUCAGUUUUUUUCUCUAGUUGUUAUCGCAAGUUGUUGAAAUACGAUCAAAAAUAAAUCAUUGGAAAACAAAAUCAUA